AUAUCAAAAAAAUUAAAAUUUUGUUAAAUUAAUCUUGCACUUAUAAAAUGUGGAUCAAAAUCUAGUGUUUUAUUAUGUUUUAUGACUUCAUAUCUCUCAUCUCCUCUAAUCCUUUUUUGCAUAUAUGUUUUUCAUCUGUUUUAUUCACUUUUCUCUUUUUUUUGUUCUUCUUUGCGAUUUCAAUUUUUUUUUUCAUUUCUCAUAUUCCUUAUCCUUUUCAUCUCUUAUUUCUUUUAUUGCAUUCGUAUCCAGUGGCUGAAUCACAUUGAAGUUAGAAAAGUCAUCUGACCCACAUAAAAUCUAUAAACUUUUGUUAUUGGCUUAUUGCCAUGCUUAUUGUUGUGGUGAAGUGGUUAAAAUCUUCCAUUAUGACCCUCAUGUGUUGAGUUUAAAUCACACACUUGCCUUUUUAGUUUAAAAUAAAUGAGUAAAUGAUCCAUGUAAAACUAAUCUCUAGCUCUGCCACUGUUCAUAUCUCAUCUUUUUUUUUCCUAUAUAUUUUAUCUCUUCUGUUCUUAUUUAUGACCAUAUUUACAUCUUCCUUAUUUAUUUCUUUAUAUCUUUCAUCUUUCUUAUACUUUUUGCUUAUAUAAUUAUUUUUUUAUUCUUCUAUUGAACUUCUUAUUUCUCAUUUUUUUUUUCAUUCUUUUUGCUUUUGCCUUCAUAUUUUAUAGAACCUUUUAUCCACAUAUUUAAUAUCUUCCAUUCUUAUUUAUGACCUCAUAUUUCUUAUCUUCAUAAUAUUUUUUCUCUCUCAUGUUUCUUUUUUGUUGUCUUCAUAUCCCAUAUCUAUCAAAUCCAUCCUCCAUUAUUUUUUACCUUAUUAUCUCAUCUCCUUUACUCUUCUCUUUUGACUUUGACUUCUCAUUUUUACAACCUUAUUUUAUAUUUUCCUUGUUUUUCUUUUCAUUCUUAUUUCUCAUCUAUCUUAUUAUUUUUGAACUUUAUAUCUCUCUUCUUCAUUCUCCUAAAAUUAUAAAUAUCAGUCAAACAAAGUGAAGAAAUCAAAACUAAAGAUCAAAACCAAAAACUAGGUAAAAUACUGAAUUUCUUUUAUAGAGAUAAAAUUUUCACAUAUCUAUUCAUAUAAUUUUGUAUGUAGAUAUGUUGUGAGACAGAGAAUUCAGUUGGAGAAUCCAAACAUAUACCAGUAGGGGUUUUAGAGAGAUUUGCUUUGUUUUAGAUAAAAUUUAUAUAGUCAUCUUGGUUUGCCAAAUCUACAGUUUUAUUUUUAGUACAUAUAAAUCUUCGCACGUAUCUUAUGACAUCAUCUUUUAGAUCAUUGUUGGGAUAAGAAAAUGUUUUUUUACACCGGAUAAACAAAAAUGAUUAAUGUUAUUUAAAUGAGAUUACUUACAGAGGACUUUUUUGUUUAAAUUUCAAAAAGAAAAGUUAUAUAUCAUUUUAGACAUAACCAAUGAUUAUUUGACUUGGUGAAGAGGUUAUAUAGUGUUUACUGGCUUUUAGACUGUUUAUGUCGUCUUUCGGAAAGUUCAGUGAUAUUUAUUUUUAUUUUUGUUCUUCCUAUUUGUCAUGGAUAUACUGACAAUCAGAAUACCAAAAAUUAUGUUAUUUUAGCUUUAUUAUGUCAACUGUAAUUGGCUCUUUUGGUAGCGAGAAAUACCACACUCCCUAAAUAUAGAGCAAAAUUACAUAACUUAUUACUUAGCAAGUACUAAUUAACUGUAUGUUGUCUAGCUUACUGCAGAGAACGAAAAUGAAUGGGCAAGAAGAUGAUUAUGAUGAUGUGUUUAGAUACAUUUCCAGUCCAAGCUUUAUGGGAAUAGCUGAAGAUGAUGAGAUUAAUGAUACCAUGGGUACCACAUUUGGUGCUGGUGAUCAAGAUGGUGGAAAUACUAUAAGGAACAUUGUGCCCAUCCCUCAACAGAACCAAGAACCCGAAAAUAUAUACCAGGAGUGUCCUCAUCCCAUGGGAACCCAAGCGAGGGUAGAUGACAUACAAAAUGCACCGGUGGAGCGUGAUUCGUUCAUUAAUGAUUUGUUGGUCAGUCUAUCUAGUCCUCUAGGAAAUGCAUUACCGGCAUAUGAUUCGUUUGUGGACGACGAUGUUUUGGACAUUCCAGCUCCACCUUCUUCUCCUACUUUAAUGCUCAAUCCUGGAAGCGAUUUGUCAACAGAACUUGGUCCGAUGAUUAAUGAUAGAUCAACGUCGAUGGUCAAUCCACAUGCUACACAACCAGGAAAUGAUGCACCACAGGAUAAAGUUGAUUCUGGUGGUGAAACUUCACCGGUUAACAUAAACUCAUUGUUGGAACUUGCUGAUAUUGCUAUGAAUGAGUUGAUUAUGCUGGGAGAAGUGAACAGUCCAUCAUGGAUAAUAGACUCAAGCUCUAAGAGAGUAACAUUGGACUAUCAAGAGUAUAAAAGUUUUUUCAAAAAUGGUUUUGAAAAACCUCCUGGAUAUGUUAUAGAGGCUUCUAGGGAAACAGGUACAGUGCAUAUGGAAUGCUUGCCUCUGGUCAAGACUUUUACGACGGACAACUGGAUCAACGUGUUUGCGCCUAUUGUGCCUGUGACAUCAAUCCAUAACCUGAUACCCAAAGAUUCUGGUGGGCUUAGAAGUGGAUCACUUAGACUGAUUACAGCAGAAUUUCAAGUUAUUUCUCCGUUGGUGCCAAAGAGACAAGUAAAGUUUCUUAGGUACUGCAAGAUGCUCAGAGUGGGGUUUUGGGUGGUUGUCGACUUCACUCCUCGUCAAGAAAAUCUGAACUUCUCGUCUGAUGAUGGUUCUUACCGCUUACCUUCAGGUGUUAUCAUAGAAGAUUGUGGCAAUGGUUACUCCGAGGUAAAAUGGAUUGAGCAAAUCGAAUAUGAUGAGAGCUUAAUCCCUCAACUCCCCGAGCUUUUGAUAAGUUCUAGAAUCGGGCUAGGUGCGAAGAGGUGGUUCACUACGCUGCAGAGACACUGCGAAAAUAUUUCAACCCUUGCAUCUAUCAACCUUGAUGAAAUUUACCCAGGACUGUCUUCAAAAGUUGCAACUGAAAUAGUGAAGCUAGCUCAGCGUAUGACUAUAAACUACUACUUGUGUAUCACUGCCUCUCCGGCGAGCAUAUGGAAGAGUAAUGAUUCAGAGAGUGCGAGACAAGACAUAAGAGUGAUGAUCCGAAAGAACAAUGUGGGUGAGCAUACCAGGAUUGUGUUGAGUGCAGCCACUUCUCUCUGGUUACCAGUGAGCAAGAAAACAGCGUUUGAUUUCCUCAUCAACCCAAGUUUCAGAAACCAGUGGGAUAUCUUGGCCAUUGAUGUCACCACCUCCAUUGAAGAAAAGAUCAAGAUCCAUAGAAACGAAGUCUCUCUUCUUCAAAUCGUGAGUAACUCAGUUCUACAAGAGACGUGGAAUGAUGCAUCUGGUGCAUUACUGGUAUAUGCACCAGUGGACAUGGAGAAGAUCCUGGCAAGUGAAAAUUCAAAUUCUGUGCAGAUUCUUCCUUCGGGGUUCUCGAUAUUGCCAGACGGAGGAGGAGAGACUGAUCCAAACAGAAGUCGUGUAGGAUGUCUACUAACACUUGGAUAUCAGAUGUUGCAUAGCGUUAAACCAACUGAAGAUGUCGAUCAAGAUUUUGUCAAAAAAGUUGAGCGACUCAUGGAUCGUACUAUGGGCAAGAUUAAAUCUGCUUUAUCUAGAUGA